GUAGUACGUGAUCACGUGAGAUAGCGAAAGCGAGGUCAGAGUCAGUGCGAUUAACGAGUUCCAAAGUUAGACACGGUUGAUUUUACUCUGACAAUUCGGGGUAUAAAUCUACGUCAAUUUCCACUCAUCGUGGUACAAUUACCAGUUGAGUAGGGUUGUGAAGCCUCAAAGUGAUACAAUUAUCAUUUGAGGGUAGCAGUGGCCUGGUUGUGAACCAGCACGAGUCUCGACUGGAGAGAAGCCCUAGGGAGCGAGCCCACCCGCCCGCCAUUAUGGCAUCGGAGAAGCUGCAAUCAGCUGUAACCUCUCCGAACUGUGACCUAGUUUGAGAAAUCCUCAAGGGGUCGGAGAUGUCCAGAUCUCAGUCUAGCUGUGGCCAGAGGACAAAAUCUCAGAAAUCUGCGUCCCGUCCAGAGUGUGGUGAGAAGCCUACAGACCCAGAGUCAAAUACCAGUGGUAUGCACAGCCGUGCGCGUGACAGUACCAAUAUGGCGGCGGAUCGGCCCCCAGAGGAGAGGCCGUUAACACAGGAAUAUCUGCUCUCACAGAUGAUGGCUCAAAGUAUGCACACUCAGCAACUGAUUGUUGGAAUGUCGACCUCAAUAUCUCAGUUUGGGGAUACCUUCACAAGGUUAAUGCAACAUAAUGUUGAGAAACGCCCAGCUCAAGAUGUGCUCGAUGCCUCCAGAUUGUCAAAAAUUCGGAGAUCUGGUGACGAUCCUUGUGUAGAUGCUGGUGAAGGAUCUGAUCACAGUGAAUAUGAAGCAGACUUAGAGGAUCUGUUUGAUGAUGCGCAGUCCACUCAGAACACUGUUCUUACUGCACGGUCCCUUCAGCACAGCCACACCUCAGCCCCGGAUCUGUCUCAAGUCGUGUGUGACGACGUUGGUUCAGGUGACACAGCAGAAGAUGGGGACAUUCUUGAUUCACUGUUGGAGGAUUAUUCUUGUGAGGGCCAAGUUGGGCCUCCUAUCAAUUCAAAACUAGCUGCUGCUAUGAACAAGAUGAUGUUCCAGAAGAUGGGUGAUGACAAAUUCAAAUCCAAAACUCAGGCCUAUGACAGACCCAAGAACUGUGAUAUGCUACAAGCGAGCAAAGUCAACCCAGAAAUCUGGGGCAGAUUGCGGGCACACACCAGGUCUAAUGACAUCAAGAUGCAGAAGCUUCAAACCUGCCUUAUUACAGCUACAAUGCCCAUUUUACAACUGACUGACACAUUGUUGAAAGUCAAGAAUAAAGAACUUUCUCAUGAUAAGUUAAAUGUGAAUGCCCUUGCCAAGCUGGCAACGGAUGCUGUCUCCCUCAUAUCCCAUGCUAACACCGAGCUUAAUCACCGCAGGCGUGAAAUGCUGAAGCCUUGUUUAAACAAGCAAUUCCAACAGCUCUGCUCGCCUCAGACGCCAAUGUCCACUCUGUUAUUUGGCGACAACCUGGCGGAGACCAUAAAAGACAUGAGUGCUACUAACCGCGUCAGCGGUCAGGUUACCACCGGCCAUGUGUUUUCCGGCCCACGACCCAACAGACCGUCAACUUCACGGCCUUCAUUCACUUAUCCCCCACAUCGGCCUUCUCAAGGCAGAGGCAGGGUUUUUUUAGCGAAGGAAUAUCAAAACUUCAAAAAGAAAAGAAUGGAUCAGGAGAGGAAAUACUAGAGACUGAUGCCCAGGAGUCUGUUGAACACUGUACUGAAGAAGAUAGAAGAAGACAAGAGCAGCGGUAUACUGAUUGCCCCAGUGUGGUCUACCCAGCCGUGGUUCCCUCGUCUGCUCCGGCUGAUCAAGCAUCCUCCAGUGAUUCUACCUCCA